GCGCAAGUAUGUCUCUCAGCGACCAGUGGCCCAGUCUUGGGGAUGGUAGCUCGAAUGCAUACGGCAAUUUCAAGAUGCAGCCAUGGCGACCAGCGACCCCUCGAGCAGAUCUUCGACAGAACAUUUCGCAGCGCAUCGCUCUUCCCAAGCUUGGACGAGAUGCGACCUGGUGCAAAGUCUGUGGGAAGUUCUGCUACAAUGACCUGCGGGAGAAAUUCGACUACACCUGCCAGUACUGCGGCUGUUUCCUCAAAGGACGUAAGCCCGCAGGACCAGGAGGUGGGGCACCGCAACCAGCAGACGCUCUUCAUGGUUCUGGGACCUCGGACGUGGAAAAGGCGGCCUUGGAGCGCAUUAUCGCUAAGGGAGGUGCAGCAGCUGAGCAGGCAAAGCUACUUCGUGAUACCUUGGUCAACCAAAUUCCCGCUGCUGCACCAUCGAAGCCUGCAUCUGUCAGGCUCACGGAGGCGACGCAGAAGGUUGAGCGGGCCGAGGCCAGCAUGGACAAGGUGGCAAAGCGUGUUCUCCGUCUCGAGCAAGAGCUGGGAGAAGCUAUGGGAUUCUACCGAGAUUGUGCAAGCAACUUGGCAGAUGCUAUCGUGGCGCAGGAGCUCGUGGCCAAAGAGCUGGCGCCUGCCCCGCCUUCGUCUCCGUCUGAGUUGGGGAAGCUGGACGUCCGUCAGUUUCUGGACCAAAAGGCGGAGCUCAACCUCAGCUUCGGGGGGCUCUUCGACGACGUGGACCUUGAGGAUAGCGAUCGCGAGGAGUUCGAACGGCGCAAAAGCAAUUUCGAGACGGAGUUCCGUGCGGCUUUGGACUCGCAGUUCCGCAAGGUGGUGGAGAAUUUGGCCUCGCAGCAGCAGAAGAAGGCGAAGGAGGAUCUGGUGAUGCAGGUGGCGCUGAGGGUAUCUCCUUUGGUCGACGGCAAGCAGACCGAGCUCCGCACCAUCAUGGACGAAGCGCUGGCCAGGAAGAGGGCAGGGCAAGUCGGGCAGAUCUACUGCAAGUACGGCAUCAACUUGGACUUCCAGGAGGACUUCGGUGGCACGAGUUUACUGCAGGGGGUGGCUCUAUUCGAGACCCCUGUCACGAACGUCGGCCAGGGCGACGACAGCUUACUAGCAUACCAAGGGGUGGCCCCUCAUGGGACCCUUGGCACGGACGAGUAUGACACGAUCUACUGCUCCACAGAUAAGGUUGCAUACCAAGGGGUGGCCCCUUUCGGGACCCUUGGCACGGACUGGGAGGCCUCGGUCCACAGCUCCACAGAUGAGACUGCAUACCAGGGGGUGGCCCCUCUCGGGACCCCUGGCAAGUUCGAGUCAGAGGCGUUCUGCAGCUC